UGCUUUGGCUGCUGCACCUACCAUUUCAGUCUAACGUAUCAGGUGAACAACCUCCCCACCACAAGCACCUUGCCUUUGAUCAACCUUCCCACCGGCCGAACUACAACCUUACACAGAUCUCGCGACACAGACACUGCAACCGUACCCACGUACCUUCUGCACAUUUGGGGUACGUACCAUGUGUGGACUAUCUAGAGUAUAUAUGCUAUCCCUACGGAGACUCGCUGACAUGACGCUUCAACUGCCAGGUUUCCCAUUUGGUCGUGCUCGGCACCCCGCCUUACACCUUCCUAGCACCCAGUGCUUCCACGAAUCUCCAUACCUCGUCCCCAACAACACGACGCGAUGUCGGAUCCUGAUUUCCUCGGCAGAGCGAUCAAAAUCGUCAAGAAGGCGAUUGAAGAGGACAAUGCCGGCAACUACGAUGCGGCCUACCAGCAGUACCACGCGUCGCUCGAGCUGUUCAUGCUGGCAUUGAAAUGGGAGAAGAGUGCCCAGUCCAAAAGUACCAUCCGCGCAAAGCUCAACCAGUACAUGGAGCGCGCGGAAACGCUCAAGGAACAUCUCAACAACGAUCAGAACAAGAAGAAGCCGAGCAAGAUGGGUGCGAAUGGCUCCAGUACGGGUGGUGCGGGGGCGAAGGCGAAGGGCGACGACGGUGAUGACGGACUAGACGCCGAGUCUAAGAAACUGCGUGGUGCCCUUUCGGGUGCCAUUCUAACUGAGACACCGAAUGUCCGCUGGGAAGAUGUUGCGGGUCUAGAUGCUGCGAAGGAGGCGUUGAAGGAAGCCGUUAUUCUACCCAUCAAAUUUCCGCAGCUUUUUGCAACCGGAAACCGGAAACCGUGGCGCGGUAUCUUGCUUUACGGUCCUCCGGGUACCGGUAAAUCCUACCUUGCGAAGGCGGUGGCCACCGAGGCGAACUCCACUUUCUUCUCGGUCAGCAGUAGUGACUUGGUCUCGAAGUGGAUGGGUGAGAGUGAGAGGCUUGUGAAGCAGCUCUUUGCUAUGGCGAGGGAGAACAAGCCUGCUAUCAUCUUCAUCGAUGAGGUGGAUGCUUUGUGUGGAACUCGAGGAGACGGAGAGAGCGAGGCGAGCAGACGUAUCAAGACCGAGAUGUUGGUGCAGAUGGACGGUGUUGGGCACGACAGUUCCGGCGUGUUGGUCUUGGGUGCAACCAAUAUUCCAUGGCAGUUGGACUCUGCCAUCCGACGACGAUUUCAGAGAAGAAUCCACAUUGCCAUCCCCGACAUGCGAAGUCGCGUCCGAAUGUUCGAGCUCGCCGUGGGUAAGACACCGUGCGAACUUGUACCACAGGACUUCCGAACGCUCGCCGAGAUGUCAGAAGGCUUCACGGGUAGCGACAUCAGCAUCGUCGCCCAAGACGCACUGAUGCAGCCCGUCCGAAAGAUCCAAAGCGCGACGCACUACAAGCAAGUUCUGAUGCCGGACGGAUCAACGAAGCUCACUCCGUGCUCCCCGGGAGACCCGGGGGCCAUGGAGAUGACAUGGGAGCAGGUGGACGGAGAGAGACUUCUCGAGCCAUCGUUGACGCUGAAGGAUUUCAUCAAGGCGGUCAAGAACUCGAGGCCAACUGUCAGUAGGGAAGAUAUUUCGAAGAGCGAGGAAUGGACUCGGGAUUUUGGAAGCGAAGGCUAAGACAUCUUGGUGUUCAUAUCGGUUUGAAAAGAACUGGUAUUGGUAAAUGGCAGUGUAUACGAGCGAUGAAGGGAAAAGGAUGGGAAGGGUGGUGUUUUUGUCAAUUAUCUAAUU